AUGCACGAACGGACCGCGUACAACGUGUACGGGAUGCGAGAACGGAUCGCGUAUAACGUGUACGGGAUGCGAGGACGGACAGCGUACCAUGUGUCCGGGAUGAGAGGACGGACCGCGUGCAACGUGUACGGGAUGCGAGGACGGACCGCGUACAACGUGUACGGGAUGAGAGGACGGACCGCGUACAACGUGUACGGGAUGCGAGGACGGACAGCGUACCAUGUGUCCGGGAUGAGAGGACGGACCGCGUGCAACGUGUACGGGAUGAGAGGACGGACCGCGUACAACGUGUACGGGAUGCGAGGACGGACCGCGUACAACGUGUACGGGAUGAGAGGACGGACCGCGUACAACGUGUACGGGAUGCGAGGACGGACAGCGUACCAUGUGUCCGGGAUGAGAGGACGGACCGCGUGCAACGUGUACGGGAUGCGAGAACGGACCGCGUACAACGUGUACGGGAUGCGAGGACGGACCGCGUACAACGUGUACGGGAUGAGAGAACGGACCGCGUGCAACGUGUACGGGAUGCGAGGACGGACCGCGUACAACGUGUACGGGAUGCGAGGACGGACCGCGUACAACGUGUACGGGAUGCGAGGACGGACCGCGUGCAACGUGUACGGGAUGAGAGGACGGACCGCGUACAACGUGUACGGGAUGCGAGGACGGACCGCGUACAACGUGUACGGGAUGAGAGGACGGACCGCGAUUAACGUGGACGGGGUGAGAGGACGGACCGCGUACAACGUGUACGGGAUGCGAGGACGGACCGCGUACAACUCGUAA